AUGUGGGGCGGACGCUGCUCACCCUCUACCUCCUCCGGGCACCGCGCGUCGCUGCUGCAGCUGCUGCUGGCCGCGCUGCUGGCGGCGGGAGCGCGGGCCAGCGGCGAGUACUGCCACGGCUGGCUGGACGCGCAGGGCGUCUGGCGCAUCGGCUUCCAGUGCCCUGAGCGCUUCGACGGCGGCGACGCCACCAUCUGCUGCGGCAGCUGCGCGCUGCGCUACUGCUGCUCCAGCGCCGAGGCGCGCCUGGACCAGGGCGGCUGCGACAACGACCGCCAGCAGGGCGUAGGGGAGCCUGGCCGGACAGACCGAGAAGGGCCGGACAGCUCGGCAGUCCCCAUCUACGUGCCAUUCCUCAUCGUCGGCUCCGUGUUUGUUGCCUUCAUCAUCCUCGGUUCCCUUGUAGCAGCGUGCUGUUGCAGAUGUCUCCGGCCAAAACAGGACCCCCAGCAGAGCAGAGCCCCGGGGGGCACCCGACUGAUGGAGACCAUCCCCAUGAUCCCCAGUGCCAGCACUUCCAGGGGCUCAUCCUCUCGUCAGUCCAGCACGGCUGCCAGUUCCAGCUCCAGCGCGAACUCGGGGGCCCGGGCUCCCCCAACGAGGUCACAGACCAACUGCUGCUUGCCAGAGGGAACCAUGAACAAUGUAUAUGUCAACAUGCCCACGAAUUUCUCGGUACUGAACUGUCAGCAGGCCACCCAGAUCGUACCCCAUCAAGGCCAGUACCUGCACACCCCAUAUGUGGGGUAUGCCGUACAACAUGACUCUGUGCCCAUGACGCCAGUGCCGCCGUUCAUGGAUGGCCUGCAGCCCGGCUACAGACAGGUGCAGCCCCCCUUUGCCCACACUAACAGUGAGCAGAAGAUGUAUCCUGCGGUGACCGUAUAGCCUGCAGGUCACCCACUAGACCCCUGUGUGAGACUGAGCAAAACAGGGCCAGAGGCUUGCACCGAAGUCGGCUCAAGUUGGUGGUGUUUUCAUCACUGUCCUCCCGGAUAGCUUCCUGUGCCCCUAGCCUGUUGAGAAGAACAGCACACAGAGCAGCGGUCUCUGUGCAUGUAUUUUGAGUCAAAGUGGAAAACCACAGCCCCUGGAGUUGCCACCUCCAUCCUCAAGCAUGUGACACAUGCUUGAGCCCCUAAGUGUCCUUGAGGGGUGGCUGCCAGAGUCAGAGGUUACAGUCAGAGGUUGUGCUAGGCCGUUCUUUCUUCCUGUUUCAGCCGCACCAGAGAAUGCCUGUUACCUCCCCUUUACCUGCGCUGGGUUUUGUUUUGUUUUUGUUGUGCUGUUUUUUUUUGUUUUUUUUUUUUUUUGUUUUUUUUUUAAAUCAGUGUUCAAGGCUGAAAGGAGAUGUAAAUUAUAUAAUUAUUAUGAAAAGAAGCCAGCUUGAACUCUGAGACUAGUCAUCAGCCUCAGUGUUCUGGAGGCAUGUCUUAAUUUCACUGUACAAGAUAUAGUCUGUCUAUUUUUAUGCUUUUUUGGGGGGCUAUUUUGUGGGUUUUUUUUUUAUAAUUGUGUGUGGAGAUCAUAUUAUGAAGUUAAAGAGCUGGAAAGAAAAUGUAUGUAUCUAGUGAAGGUAUUCAGAAUUCUGUGGGCAGAGUGGUGCUGAAUCCAUUCACCCCUUUUUUUCCGUGGAGCCCUUUUAUUUCCUGGCUCUACAGCGUACCUGAGAUGUAAUUUGAUGCUUUUUUUUUUUUUUUUUAAAUUGAAAUCAUGAGCUGUCACCUGCUGCUCUCCAAGUUACUUUUAACUUUGCCAUGUGCUAUGGCCUGGUGCUUGGUUUUGUUCUGCCGGGCUGCAGGAUCCCCUUGUCUAACUAGCCCCGAGGGCAGGAAAUUAUCGAUGUGUUGAUGAUGAUCAGUAAACAAAGGCAAGGCAACGUGCUGCGGAGAUGCUCAGUGUAGGUCGUCAGCCGCCCUGGGGACACGGGUGGCUCUCAAACCUCAGACAUGAACCACUUUGCAACUCUGGAGGCUUUUUUAUACUCUCGUUUUCAGAAUGGUUUACUCUUCCGGCAGCAGGAAAUCCAGAAGAAAAGAUCUUCAUGGAGACAUGGAAUCCCUGUCCUUUUUCCUCCCCAGUCUUCAACAAGCUCUGUAUUCAAUGCCAAUGUUUUAAGUUAUCAAAUUCAAGUGAAUUUGUAUGUUGAUCACUUAUGAAAAAAAAAAGGUUAAAUAUGUUGUAAGUAAGUUUCCAACUGCUAGCAAAGCCAAAAUUAGUUAAAUAACUGUGAAGGUUGGUCUUUUGUACAUUCUACCCACAGCGUCGUUCAUCUAGCCUUCUGUCAGCUGUCAAUCAUCUCAUGAUGACAGAAUAAUGUCACAUUAGUGCUGGCGGUUGGUAUCAGCAGAGAUAGGAAUCAAAGAUCUUUAAUAACCAAAGCAGGAGAAAAUCAUUUAAAAUUUUUUAAUAAAUAUUUUAUGGUGUGA